AUGACAACGAAGGAUACGGCGCAGAAGCCGCAUGUUCUGCGAACAGCUCGUGGAUCGUUGAUCGGGACAGAGGUCGCAGAUGCUGAGACCAAUCGACCACUCUACAGGCGCUACACCCGCAUUCGAUAUGCAGUCCCACCCGUCCGAGAAAAGAGAUGGAGGAAGCCAGAACCAUUACCUCACGACUGGCUCUUUAGCGAUGGCAACAACCGACCUAGGGACUAUCGAGGAGUUGGAUCGAUCUGCCCUCUGAUUGUGCCGGAGGUGAACCUUGGCAGUUACUUUGGUCCGCCAGCAACGGAGAAUGAUAUGGAAGAAGAUUGCCUCUUCAUCAAUAUCUGGGUACCAGCAGGCGGCGAGGGACCAGCUGGAGGUUGGCCAGUACAGUUCCAGAUCAUUGGCGAUGACUUCCAAAGCUGCCCAGGCCUACAGCACCGCUUCGUAGAUCCAAUCGACAUCUUCCGCGAGCACAACAAGGACAACCCGCGCAUCAUAGUCUUUGCACAAUACCGAUGUGGACUCUUCGGCUUCCUGGCCAGCGAAGAGCUCGUGCUAGACAGCAAGGACAUCAAAAGCGAUCCUUUCGCAGCCGCUGGCAACUUCGGUCUGUGGGACAUUCGCAUGGCCAUCGAAUGGACGUCUUCCAACAUCCACCUCUUCGGCGGCAAUCCGCACUGCAUCAAUGUAGGUGGCUUCGGUGCGGCGACAGCAUACCAGCUUCAUUACGAUGCCUUCAAGCCUUUCAGCAAACCGCUCAUACGGCGAGCGUUCUUGUUCAGUGGAGCGGUUGGUGUACAGCCUGUAUUCGCACAAUCGUCCAAGCCGAGAGCGCAAUUUGCAGAAAUUUGUCGCCGAGUCAAUAUUGAUGAUGAUUUGCCAUCGGAAGACAGGGUCAAGCUGCUGCGAGGUGUGAGCAGCCACAAGCUUCUCGAAGUCGCAAGAACAAUGCAAACCACCUUCGAUCCAGUCACCGAUGGUCCUGGUGGCUUCAUACCGGCACAGCUCAUGGCAUCUAUCUGGAAUGGGGAGCUCGGGUGCAGACUCAAGGCUCGUAACGUUCAGGUGCUGAUUGGUGACACCAGCAAUGAGGACGCUUACUAUAGCUUCAUGGAUAAGCAGCCCGAUUCGAAAGGUCAAAGCUUAGUGGCGAUGCACAGUCGCGAUUCGCUUGUCUUGAGAUUGUGUGUUACCUUCUCCGAGACACUUGCCGAAGCUCUGGCGGCCAGGUACGAGUCGCCCUAUAACAACGAUUGGCCGUGGCUUUACAGUAAGAUCAUGGCUGAUGUUCAAUGCCAUGCGACCGUUCGAGGCUUUGCGCACUCUCUUUUCAAAGGCGGGAUGACAAGCCAGGAUGUGCUCAGAUAUCAUAUAGCUUGGAGGCCGAAAGGGAUGGACGAAUACAUCAAUCCGGAUACUGGCAUCAGUCAUAUCUUAGACAUGCCAAUAUGGUGGUAUGGUGGCUGGAGCGCUGGGUUCAGCAGAAGGGAGCGACAAGACGUGGCCAACUUUGCGCGUCCUUUUGCUAGGUUCUUGCGAGGCGAUAUCUCAGUAAUGUUUGGCUGGGGGACCGAAGCGCAAACUGAAGUUCGUAUGUUGGCUGCAGACGGCUCUGUCUUGGUGACGGAGGACCCUAUAGAUGGCAAGAUGAAAGGUCUCUGGAACCUGAUGAGGGACGCGCAAUUGCGGCGUCAAUCUGGCGGAACGCGUUCGAGACUCAAUGGUAUACCCGGCUUCUGGUAG